CAGGGAGGUGGAAUUGUGUCAAUGGUGUAAAGUGAAAUGGAAUAGCUGCUACUCUUAGUAAAUAAAACAACACAAGGUAAACCCAAGUCCCAUUUACAGAGAUAUACCCCUAUUAAUCGAACAGCUGACCGACAGAGAAAAAAAAAUAAAACUUUUGAAGAGCUACUACCAGUUGUAUAAUAGACCAAUUGGAAAAGAAGGGCAGGGCUCAGGAGAAGAGGUGGAUCUGGCAACCUUGCUCACCUCAUGAUGAAGUAAGAAGGAAAAGCGCAGUAGAGGAAGCUCGGAGUAUUUGAGGUUUUCUUCUUGUUGAGGCAGUGCUUGUCGGAGACGCGGAGAUAGCUUUGCUUGUGGCAGGCUCUGAUCGUUGGUGUUGAAGGACCAGCAGCCUCGCGCAGCAGUUUGCUCCGUGCACCUGGUACAACGCGAGGGCGACUGCAGUCAUGGAAAACGCUCACAGUCUGGCAUAUAACGAAGUUUUAACUCACUUCAGAGUGAGUGAAUACGCGGGGCUCUCACCAGAGCAGGUGAAGAAAAACCUGGAGAUAUAUGGACCAAAUGAGUUGCCUGCUGAAGAAGGGAAGUCAUUACUUGAGUUGGUGAUUGAACAGUUUGAGGAUCUUCUGGUGCGGAUUCUCCUUCUCGCUGCAUUUGUGUCAUUUGUUCUAGCUUGUUUUGAAGAUGGCCACGAUACUCUAACUGCAUUUGUGGAGCCAAUGGUAAUCAUUUUAAUCCUGAUUGCUAAUGCAGUGAUUGGUGUGUGGCAGGAAAGGAAUGCUGAGAGUGCAAUUGAAGCACUGAAGGAGUAUGAACCAGAGAUGGGUAAAGUGAUCCGCUCCGAUAGGAAAGGAGUCCAGAGAAUUAGAGCCAGAGAUCUUGUUCCUGGAGACAUUGUUGAGGUGGCAGUUGGGGAUAAAGUACCAGCUGACAUCAGAAUAAUUAAUAUUCGAUCAACAACACUGAGAGUGGAUCAGUCCAUCCUUACUGGUGAAUCAGUUUCUGUUAUUAAGCACACUGACCCCGUUCCAGACCCACGAGCUGUUAAUCAAGACAAGAAGAAUAUGCUUUUCUCAGGUACCAACAUUGCUGCAGGCAAGGCUGUAGGGAUUGUGGUUGGUACUGGUGUGAAUACUGAGAUUGGGAAAAUCAGGAACCAGAUGGCUUCAACUCAGCAAGAGAAGACUCCUCUGCAGCAGAAACUGGAUGAAUUUGGACAACAGCUUUCAAAGGUCAUUUCCAUUGUUUGUGUAGCUGUCUGGGUGAUCAACAUCAGUCAUUUCAGUGACCCAGUUCAUGGUGGCUCUUGGAUCCGUGGUGCUGUAUACUAUUUCAAAAUUGCUGUGGCUCUGGCUGUUGCUGCCAUCCCUGAGGGACUGCCUGCUGUGAUUACAACAUGUCUUGCUUUAGGUACGCGCCGUAUGGCUAAGAAGAAUGCUAUUGUAAGGAGCCUUCCAUCUGUGGAAACUCUAGGCUGUACUUCUGUCAUUUGCUCAGACAAGACUGGAACUCUGACUACAAAUCAGAUGUCUGUUUGCAAGAUGUUUGUCAUUGAUAAAGUUGAGGGUCAGAAGUGCAGUCUUCAUGAGUUCAGCAUCACUGGAUCUACCUAUGCACCAGAAGGAGAAGUGUUAAAGGAUGGCAAAAAAAUUAACUGUGGAGACUAUGAUGGCCUUAUUGAAGUAGCAACUAUCUGUGCUUUCUGUAAUGAUUCUUCUCUGGAUUAUAAUGAGUCAAAGGGGAUUUAUGAGAAGGUUGGCGAAGCUACAGAAACUGCCCUGACUUGUCUGGUGGAGAAGAUGAACGUGUUUAACACUAAAACUAGCACAAUGACAAAGGUGGAGCGAGCCAGUGCAUGUAACAAUGCAUUAAAACAGCUGAUGAAGAAAGAAUUCACCUUGGAAUUUUCCAGAGAUCGCAAGUCUAUGUCUGUGUAUUGUUCUGCAGUCAAAUCCCCAUCUACAUGCAGGAUGUUUGUGAAGGGUGCACCUGAAAGUGUGAUUGAACGCUGUAACUAUGUUCGUAUUGGGACCACAAAGGUUCCACUGACUGGUCCUAUAAAAGAAAGUAUCAUGUCUGUUAUCAAAGCUUGGGGAACUGGAUCUGACACACUGCGUUGCCUUGGCUUGGCAACCUGUGAUACACCACCAAAGAAGGAAGAUCUAAAUCUGGACGACUCUUCUAAAUUUAUCAACUAUGAGACCGACUUAACAUUUGUUGGAUGUGUGGGAAUGCUUGACCCUCCCAGGAAGGAAGUUGUUGCUUCACUGGAAAUGUGUGUCCAGGCUGGCAUCCGUGUCAUCAUGAUUACUGGCGACAACAAAGGCACAGCUGUUGCCAUCUGUAGAAAGAUUGGCAUCUUCUCUGAGAAUGAGGAUGUUGCUGGCAAGGCUUACACUGGGCGCGAGUUUGAUGACCUUCCUCCAGAUGAGCAGAGGGAAGCCUGCCAAAUGGCGCGGUGCUUUGCAAGAGUUGAGCCUGCACACAAGUCCAAGAUAAUUGAAUACUUGCAGUCUUUCAAUGAAAUUACAGCAAUGACUGGUGAUGGAGUGAAUGAUGCUCCUGCCUUGAAGAAAGCUGAAAUUGGCAUUGCCAUGGGUUCUGGUACUGCAGUGGCUAAAUCAGCAGCAGAAAUGGUGCUUUCUGAUGACAACUUUGCCAGCAUUGUAGCAGCUGUGGAGGAGGGCAGAGCCAUCUACAACAAUAUGAAGCAGUUUAUUCGCUAUCUAAUAUCUUCCAAUGUUGGAGAGGUUGUUUGUAUCUUCAUGACUGCAAUAUUGGGAUUACCUGAAGCUCUCAUUCCUGUUCAGCUGCUGUGGGUGAACUUGGUAACAGAUGGUUUGCCAGCCACUGCCCUAGGAUUCAACCCUCCUGAUCUUGACAUAAUGGAUAAACCACCCCGGAAUCCCAAGGAGCCCUUGAUCAGUGGCUGGCUGUUCUUCCGUUACAUUGCCAUUGGAGUUUAUGUUGGCUUGGCUACAGUAAGUGGUGCAAUGUACUGGUUCCUUUUUGAUGAGGAAGGCCCUGAAGUCACCUUCAGCCAGCUGCGUCAGUUUAUGAAGUGUACUCCUGAUAACCCUGUCUUCGAAGGAAUAGAAUGUGAGGUGUUUGCAUCACGUUACCCAACUACUAUGGCACUAUCUGUAUUGGUCACAAUUGAGAUGUUUAAUGCUCUGAACAGCAUAUCUGAGAAUCAAUCACUGCUGAGAAUGCCACCAUGGCUGAACCCCUGGUUGUUGGCUGCCAUGGUUCUGUCAGUCUGUCUUCACUUCCUGGUUCUGCAUGUGAAACCCCUGCCUCUCAUUUUCCAAGUGACUCCUCUGAGCUGGCCCCAGUGGGUGGUGGUUUUGAAGAUUUCUGCCCCAGUCGUCCUGCUGGAUGAAGUGUUAAAGUACAUUGCACGCAACCACCUAGAAGGAGAAGAAGAGAAAAAAUACAUUCAGAGGAGGCAACGGAAAUAGUAAAUGACCCUAAUUUUUUUUAAUUAGGGUCUCAUGCUCAGAAGUCCGUAUACACCAGCAGCAGGGCUUACAUAUUUUGAACUGUUGAAGAAGAAUGUGGACAAAUUGUAAAAAUACUGAUUUGAGAUGAGAUGUAGCUUUUUUUCCUGUACAUAGCACAGCGCUUGGCCACCUUUUACAGCACAAGUGAAGAGAUUUUUAAGAUGGUAGGCGUGAGGUGAGGUGAAGGCAGUUCAAUUGUUACAAAAAAAAUUUCCACUAAUUUUAAUUAUGCUUUAUACAGCAGUGCUGAUGGGUAUGGGAAGAGGAGUGUGGUAUGUUAGUAUGAGUGUGUGAAAUGUGUUGAGGGGACAAUGGUAUAAUGUGUGAAAUGCCACAGUUUUCAGCUGAAAUACAGUUUUCUCUUCAGCGCUAGUCACCUCAUAAAGAACUCUAAAAAGAAUUUAUGGUACUGACCGACUUGUGUAGUCUUUCUUCAGUGAGCCGCAGUUUGCCCAUUUAUUGUACAUUUUCACAAAAAGAUUAUAACCUGAUGUGCUUAUCCAGCAUCAUUCACUGUGAAUGUUGUAGAUUGUUUUGAUUGGAUAGACUCCAACUGUCCUUGUGAUAUCACAGUGAAAUUAAAAGCAUGAUUUAGUAAGAAGGGUUUUUGGUGAAACCUGCAGUGUGAGUAGACCUGCACUAACCAGAUGCUGACUAGGAUGAAUUGUAAUUUUGGCAAUUGGGAUUAAUUACUCAUUUUUUCUCUGUACUUGUUCAAAGGCCAUGGCUAUGCUAGUUGGACUGUAAUAAAUACAGAAGAGUGGUAAUUGCAUGUAGAAUCUCUUGGUCUAACAAACUUGCUACAGUGGCCAUAAACUAGGCAAAGGUUAGGUGAUGGCACCUUAAGUGCUGAGUUAAUAGCUCAUUACAAGUCAAGCUUUUCAAGUGCAUUUUUCGGUUUGUUUUCUUGUUUGAAUGAAGGCUGCAGUCAUACCAUGUGACACCCCCGGCUAAAAUGGCAAAACUAGAGGUGUAGAAAAAAAGUGAACAUUUUCAACAUACUGCUUUGCUAGUUCUGUGUCAGAGCUACAGUUUGCAGCACUGACAGUGGAAGCAGGAAGACACAGCAUCUGAAACUCAUUUCCCCUUCAGAGAUGAGAGGACUAAUGCUCACUACAUUUGUUACCUAGAAGAGUAUGGUUCUUUGGGGGUGUACAGUUACAACUUGGAAAAACUAAACAGUACUGAAUUUGGCAGGUAGAUUCUCUGGUAGCCUGUCUCCGUGGCAAACAGGAAGGGGGUGGGAUGGUGGAAAGAAAAGUUUCCUUUUCCUAAUAUGGAUUUCAGGUCCAGCAGUAGAGAGAUACAUUUCAAAUAUAGGUUGGUUUCCUGGUGAUUAAUAGGCGGGUGUAAUGAAAGAACCACCAUCAGGGACGUGAGAAGAGCAAGGGCCCCAGGCCAAGUGAGUGCUGAAGCAUGCAAAGGAAAACAGAAUUAAAAUCUUUGAGGUUCAGUGCCAUUUUACUUGACAGAACCCUACAAUAAGACCUGCUGACAUAAAUUGCAUUUUACAGUCUGAAAUAGCUUUAUCAUUUUGUAGCCACUAAUGAAGGUUUUCAGAUAUUUUUCCAUCUAAUUUCAGUGUGGUAGCUUGAUCACUUGAUAAUUUCCUGUGCUGGGUACAUUUUAUUAAGUGUAAUAUAUAGCUUUGAUUUCACUAUACAGAUGUUGGCUUUUUGUGUUCUUUUAUGGUAGAUUCUGAAGUCUAAAUGGGCUGAGGCACUUGUUACACAUGCUGGGCAUCUCUUAGAAAUGUUUACCUUGCUGCAUGCCUUUUAAUGCAAACAAUCAUAGUCUUUGGGGGACCUUCUUAAGUGCAUAUGGGAAUGUAUAGUCUUACUAAACUACUGAGUAAAUUCUUUGAUCAGGAAAAAUGCAUGGAAUGUUACUAUAAUUUAAUAUAUAUACUAUAUGUAAGGGGGUUUCAGUGCUGUUCAGUUGAAUUUUCACCAGACUAAAGAAGUCUGGUGGCAUUGCUGACCAAAAAAUAUUUUUCCAGGUAGUAAAUAGUUAAUAAAAUUUACAUUGUUGGCAUUUUGUUUGGAUAUAGGAACUGUUUUUAAACAUUUGGUUGGAUUUAACUUCAAGAUCUUUGUAUUAUGGAGUCCUCUAUUCAUUUUGAGUAUAAGCUAUUGAUCUAAGGGAUCGGCUGUCCUUUACCAUUGACUGCAAGUCAGAAACUUUGGUGGAUGAGCAAGAAAGAAGAAAAAUUAAGAUAGUGAAAAUCUCCAUCUUUUCUGCAGUAGUUUUGAGUAGCCCACUUGGUUUCUAGAAAUGCAGUCUAGAUGUCAUUUGAAUAGAAUCAGUUUUAUUAGCUUAAGUGUGAUGCUGUCUUGCCGUCAUUUAAGCACAGUGCUUUCACUCUUGUUAAUAUUAGAAUGUAUUUUUUAAUUGGUCCAAAGGAAACGUGCAGUCGUUUUGUCACAGCAGAUGGAUUUCUAUUGAAAGCGUCAUUGUAAUUAUUGUUAGUGUUGCUGUGAUUGUGGCCUGUGACAGCAUUUUCAGUGACUCCACUAUUUAUAUGCAUGUGUGUUUCUGCAUACAUAUACCUCCACACUAGUUCUGUAUACUGGGGUAUUCUGCUAAAAUUGUACAUUUGCCUUAUUAAAUAAAUAAAAAAAAAUAUAUACAAAAUGUAAAAAAAAAAUGUAGGAUUGCAGGGGCUGUAGCAGUUUAAGUGGUAUUUGAACAUCAGACUUUGCAUAUAUUUUUUUCUUACAGAGAAUGCUCCGACUUUUACAGAAUUGUAAAAUGGAUUUGACUGCGUUCCACAAAGAAUGCUGUUAAUAUCUGUUUCCAUGUCCAUGUGUUACAGUUUAGUUGCUGUAUAAAUUUUGGGGGGAGUUGUACACUUCUGUGUAUAAACUUGAUAUUUAAUUUGAAUGAUGUUGUCCGGCUGUUUAGAAUUUUGGGAUACAUAUAAAUAUAUAUAAUAUAUAUUUUUACAAUGGGGAAACAUCAUUGGAUUUUUAAGAUAUUUGAACAUCAUGAAAUGUGUUACUUUUUUGUGGAUAUAUGCUGUUAACCUUGCCAUUAAUUAUUAAUAAAAGUUAUGAAUUA